AUGAAGGCGCCUUUCCCGAACCUGGCUGAGGCUGCGGCACCGACGUCUUCCACUCCCCCGAGUCUUCCUUCAUCUUCCCCGCAAACUCGGUCAGGCGCUUCCGCUGCCUGUCUCUCGCUGUCGCCCCGAAAGUUUGUCCCAGAGCGCGUCUUCGUGACCGUGGGGACGACUUCCUUUGACGAGCUCAUCGCCGCAGUUCUCGAGCCUUCCUUUCUUCUGCUCCUUCUCUCGCUCGGAUGCCAGCAUCUUGUUCUCCAAAUCGGCAGAGGGACACUCCCUGCGCGUCCUCCGCUUUCCGUCCCUCGCGCGUCUGCCUCUCCGUCUCCUGCCCUGAUUCCUUGCUCAUCUUGUGGCGCGCGGCCGACGCCGUCCGAUCCGUCCGCCCUGCCGUCUCCUGCCGACACUGCAUGUGAGAUAAAACAUCCGAACUCGAGAAAAGAAGGCGCAGCAAGAGAGGGACAAGGCGACAGACAAAACGACGAGGAAGGCGACGGAGAAGCGAGGGCGGAGGGAGAGCACACGAAACGGCGUCGGGAAGCAGAGGCCGACGCACCUCGUUGCUCUUGCUCGAGGUUGCCCGUGUCGGCGGCCACCUGGUGUGGAGACGAAAACUCUGGAAGCUGCGGGGUUUCGUUUUCCGACCUUCUCUCCCACCCUGUACACCCCGUCCAACCCGAGGUGGGCACCUCUCUCCAGUCGCCUGCCUCUCCGCGUCUCCCUUCGGAUCUGCCUCCUCGCUCGGCCUCCGAAGCCUCCUCGCGCUCUCUGCUGAUCUCCUUCUUCCGCUUUUUGCCUUCGCUGGAGGCUGAACUGGCCGCUGCGUCUCUUGUCAUUUCGCACUGCGGAGCAGGGACAGUGUUCCAAGCACUCCGGCUCCGCAAGCGGCUCGUCGCCGUCGUCAACGCUUCUCUCAUGAAUAACCACCAACUGGAGCUCGGUCGCGAGCUCGAGAGAAGGGCCCACUGUCUCCUGGUCUCCUCUCUGCCCCGCGGCCAGGCGAAACUUCCGAGAUCGGCACACGGAUCUCCCCUGCCUGUGCGCGGCAAAGAGACAGACAGACAGGCAGAGGAAGCGGCGGCUGGCCAAAAUCAUGAAUUGCACACGCGAGUCAAGGACAUCUGUCUGGCUGUGUGGUCGGCUGAGUCCCCGUCGCGGGCUGACCCUCUCGCUUCCAGUUCAUCGUCCACGGCAGAAAGCACACAUCCGCGUCAGAGAGGCGAGCGAAGCGGGGCGGGGAGCGCAGACGACGAGCCCCGCUGGAGCUUCAGAAGUUUUUUAAGUUUCCUGUGGCCUCGAAGCAGACAGGGACACAGCGCAGGAGGCGGGCAAAAACAGCACGGACGAGAGGAGAAAAAAAAACACGCGGAGGCAGGUGUCUCCGUCAGCAGAGGGGAGAGUCAGGACAGAGGACGGGAAGCACUCGCCGGGGAAGACGAACCCUCGGACUGGUCAAAGCCGCUGCGGCUCGUCCCUCUCCCUCCUGCAGAUUUGAGUGGUUUCUACGCUGCCGUAGAAGACGCUGUGGGGCUUCACCCUGUGUAUGGAGACGGCCAGGAGGCAGGGAAUACAGCCGAGCGCGAAUGA